CCCCCCCCCCCCCCCCCCAACCCUCUCUUUUCUCCUCCAAGGUGGUACACUUCACCCACCUGACCUACCUCUCUUUUCUGCUAAUCUUACUCCCUGAACUCUCGGCCACUAACUUCUUCCAUGGACAAGAGCACUGAGAAAGAAACCCAUGACUUCAUGAACGUUGAAUCCUUCUCUCAGCUCCCCUUCAUCCGCCCCGCACCGGUUAAAGAAAAGUGCAUUAAGCUUUUCGGCAUAGAAUUCGGCGGUGACAACCCUGCUGGUGCCACAGACGACUCCGAGUCGGCUGAGACCAACGCAUGCGACGACGCAAAGGAGCACAACGAGAACGUGGAGAGUAACCGCAGAUUUGAGUGCCAUUACUGUUGUCGAAACUUCCCUACCUCGCAAGCCUUGGGCGGCCACCAAAACGCGCAUAAAAGGGAACGCCAGCACGCAAAACGCGCCCACCUUCAGUCGGCCAUGAUGCAUAGUAGUCUCUCUGAUCCGCAGGUCUAUGGAUUUAUGAAUUACCGCCACGGCUCCGCUCCAAUACCGGCAAUGACUUAUCCAUCUUGGAACCCUAGUAAUUCUAAUGCCAUUAAUACUGCUGGUAAUGGUAGCAGGUAUUAUGGAAGCCACGGCUUGUUUUCUCAGCCUGCACCUAUAAAUGGGAGUCCUUUGGCCUUGUGGCGAAUCCCUGCCGUCCAAAGUAACUCUACUUUGAAUCGGGACCGUUCGUUGCACCCGUUGCCAUUGUUUGCUGGAGAUGAGAUGAAGCACUCACAGCUUGGCGGAUCUAGUUCUCAAAGUAGGUAUGUUUACGAAUCGAAGGCGAGCGUUCAGGACCAUGUGAGUUUGGAUCUUCAUCUGUAGUAUUAGGAUUAUAUUUCAUCUUAAUUAUAAAGAAAUUACUAGAGAUUUAAGAUUAGAUCGAGCAGGCAUGCAGUCUUUUAAUAUGCAAAUGAGGCAAUUAAUCCAAGAGACACUCAUGACUACCUUGUAACUCAUGUUUUCUAUAUAUUAACAGCGCAGUCUUAUAAACUUAGCAUGACUAGUUGAUGCUAUGUAAAUGAAACGAAUUGAUUGUUUUAUAUCUCUUUGAAUGUCAGAAGUACAGCUAGCAUAUUAA